UGGGUAUACGAAAGCUGGAACGCCCUGCUCCGCUUCACCCAGCAAAAUUUACUAACGCGUGGCAAACGCCAGACAGCUGCUGUGACACAUAUGGAGUAGAGUGAAAAGACAUGUUGCGCCUGUAAAAGGGAAGCAGAUCGACUGGGAUUCAAUUAAAAGGCGAGCCGCAGAGCUCCUUAGCAAUUCUGUUAGGAUGGGCGAACCGAAAGCCACCGCGGAGCCUGGGGAGGAGCAGGCCUUCAACUGCGAGGACGAAGCCAACGCCAUCAUUAACGAUGUGAAGGCUCACGUCGCUGAGAUCUGCAUCUCCUCCAAACUGGCGAGCGAUGCCACGCAAAUUUACCUGAACAUCCGGACCAUCGAGAGCGCCACUUGCUGCGUUCAGGUGAGCAGUCGUGGCUUCAAGAUCGUCUCCUCCCAGUACGACACCAUAGACGAGGAUAGCCGGAUCUCUGCACUGCUUCGCAACGGACAAGAUGAGGGCGACGACGAGGAGGAGGAGGAGAUAUUUGAAACGCCGUAUGCGCUGCUGGACAAGAUCAGCCCCCGCUACGUUGAAUCGUUUGGCAACCAGCUGUGCCAGCAGCUUAGAGCGCUGCAACAAAUGCGAACCGAGUUCAACGAGGAGGACGAGGAGGAGGAGGAGGAGGAGGAAGAGAAGUGAUGGUAACCGGACUCCAGCUUUCUAUCGAGGUUGUUUACUCUUUAGACAGACGAUUUUAAUGUUAGUUUAAUUAAAUGUAUAUUUUUAAUGGCAGAGCUUGAGCUCCGACUUCCUACAUAUACAAAAUUCUGUGUCUGUGCCGCAAAAGUAUUUUCGCGUGAGUUGAUCAUGCACUUUUCAAUUCACCACAUCCUUUCCUUGCUUAGCAAAUAAAUGUCGCUCCAGAUCCGCGUUAGACCUUAAGACGUUUCAAGAAUAAAGAUUGUGAUUGCAACUCCA